AUGCAUUUGAAGGAAACUUAGAAGGAAAUCCAUUAGGAUCCAAAGAAAUUCUUUCGAAAUUUAAACAUACAUUUAUAAUUAGAAAUCUAGAAAAAUCCAUAAAGUCUUUUUACAAAGCUGCAAAUUCUACAUAUAAAGCUUGGGAUAAAGCCUGCAUACCUAAUUCUGAAAGAUAUGACAUUUUCUUUCCUGAAAAAGUUUGGCUUGAAGGAUCAAGGAUUCUUUAUGAUUUAAUUAAGAAUAUAACUGGAGAGGAGAUUGUUUUAGUAGAUGCUGAUGAUUUAGUUCAAGAACCGGAGAAAAUUUUGAGAAAAUAUUGUGAGAUAGUCAAUGUAGAGUUUAAGAAAGAAAUGCUUGAAUGGAAAGAAGAAAGGUUGAAAAUAUGGGAUUUAAAAUU